CUUUUCUUUUUUUUCUGCACUCACGUUGGAAACAACAAUUAACAGCUUCAUCAAGUGACCUUUUAAGUCGUUUUUUGGUGAAGGUCCCAGCGAUGCUCAGUCUAAGGUGUAUUGCUGCAGUAGCCGUCUUCUGCUGCCUCUGCGGUUGUUAUGGGCAGUCGGACGUUGAAGAGCUGGCAAGGGCAGUUACUAGAUUCUCCAAGAAGCAGAUCCAGUCCUGGGUUCAAAAGGAUAAUUGGUAUUACAGCCUAUCCCCUCUGAGUAGCCACAUAACAAUCUCCUUUCUUCACUACGCUUCAGUCGGUGACACACGGCAGAGACUGGGUCACGCAUUAGAGGUAGAGACUAUCACUGAUCCACAUGAGAUCUACCAUGACUUUCUUCAAGAGCUCAACUCCAGCAGUUGCCUGUCUGUUUUCAAUAGAAUGUGGACCAACCCCAGCUUCUAUAUGUACCCAAUGUUUCUAAAUGGCAUGCUUAGCUUCUUCAGUGCGCCUUCAAUGAACUUUAUUAUGGGGGUCGAUACGCAGCACUGGAUAGACCAGUGGCUCUAUAAACUCACUAACCACACGCUUGAACAUUUGAUCAGAGAACGGGACAUUACACUGAGUACUAACCAGGCCUCCGUCAAUGUCCUCAUGCUGAACACCACCUGGUCAACACCUUUCUUACCCGAGGACACCGUCGAGGGAAACUUCACCGUGGAAAAGAACUACAUCGUAGUCCCCGCCUAUUUCAUGAGGAGGUUGGGAUUUUUUCAGACCAAAGACUUGGGCUUUGCAAAAGUGGUGAGGUUCCCCUUGAAAAACCCCAGAUUUUCGUUCUACAUUGUUACCAGCGCAGACAUGCCCAAGCUGGAGCACACGAUAGCCAGAGAGGACUUCGAUUUGAGCAGCCUGUUUGAUAACAUGACGACAAGCUAUGUGGAUCUCUCCCUCCCGAGGCUCAACAUCACUGUGAGCGUUGACCUCCAAGACGACUUGGACUACAUGAACUGUUCCAGUAUUUACCGCGGAAACGCCCAAUUCUUCAGGAUGACAGAUGUCGGAGUGUGGGUGGGAAAAACCAUCACAGUCUAUAGCAUCACAGUGGAUGAGUCUGGACUCGUGGUCAUGUCCGCUUCAUCAGCUAUCACGGGUUACGGGAUGAACGAUGCUGAACCCACUCCAGCAACGAAUACCCCAGCAUCGAAUACCCCAGCAACGAAAACCCCAGAAUCGAAUACCCCAGCAACAAAUACCCCUGUGGCUGGUUCUACCACGCCAACGACGUAUACGACCGACUCUCCGUUCUUGUACUUUGUAGCAGACGACAAGUACAAAAUGAUAUUGUUUCAAGGCAAGGUCAGAAAAGUCCACGAACAUUAUCCGUUCGUUUAAACACAUUACACUCAAGGAAGGCCCUGCGUCAUAACUCGUAAGAAGGUGACGCACACCCAGAGAAUUGACAAGAUAUCUAGAUCUAUAUUUCUUAAUGAAUGGGAAAAAAAAUAUUUUAGUGCCGAUAAAAACUCCAAGUAACCAAUGUACAUCAGGUUUGUCAAAAAAAGUUCCAGGUAGCUAAAGUUCAUUUUCCCAAAUAAAAUAUGUAGAAAGGAAGAUCUUCCUCUGUGACGUGUUUUCAAUUAGCAAAUUUGGAGCAAUAAAUAUCUGCAUGAUUUUUCAA